GUCGAGACAUUGCGGGUCGAACAUCGUCUGCUUCGGAGGAAGCAACGUCGAAGUGGAGAGCGAAACGGCAACGCGCAAGACGAAAUUUGACGAGACGUAGAAAAGGGGCGAGGGGGAGAGCGUGGAAAAAAGGGAAAAAGCGCGACGGUUUUCCACGACUCACCGUCGACGUAGUCGACAACGACGACCUCGAAUCGAUUUCCCAAGUACGCGACGAGCUCCCUGCGAUUAUCGCGAACCAGAACCUCACCGCGAGCACACCGUUUCAUCAACUUUUUCCACGCGGUUCUCGAAACGCCGGAAAAAAUUGGUCCCUCGUUCGAACUCCGCUUCGGAACAACCUCGAAUUAUUCGGAGACGCGGUGCCCUCGAAAUUUCUCGGUUUCUUUCCUCAAUCCCUUUGCCACCACGGGGGAAAAAUGUUCAGGGAAGUGCUGACCAAGUCUGGCAGGCGAAUACUGAAGGCGAUAAAGAAGCUCUCGACUCGGAGUAGGGUGGUGAAAAAGUCUCAGGAAAUAUCGAGUUACGAGCAGAGUCCACUGAGAGCGACGAACAACUGGACACCCAGUUAUCCGGACCCGGAUUCCGUCUCGUUGUCCUGGUCGCUGCCCUCCCUCGAUACGAGAAGCGUCGACACUUAUUUGACCUAUGUGACCGAAAGCACGGACGAGUGUUCUUCGAUGUGUUGUUACUGUCGCGAGCACGAUGAGAAUCAGCGAAAUGAAAACCGCGAAAACGAGAUGAUUAUCUAACGAGAGUGAAUGCGCAGGUUGCAAAUCAUUUGCUUAUUUACGGAGAAAAGAAAUCGCGAUAAAGCACCGAGGCCGCGGCAUCAAAGGAAAUACUCUAGUUUUCAUUAUUUUCGAUACUCUGAAUGUACACGUAUUUAUAUACGAUAUCGUGAGUGUAAAUGGUGUUUAGAUUUUUUAUCUUCAAUGAUAUUUUUAUUUUAACCUAGCACGUUUAUUUCGUCUGAUUUUCUCAUCGGAAUCUCAUUCUAGUCAGCGUGGCUCAAUUCAUUUACGAGUACACAUCAAAUUUAUACACUAAUUAUAGCAUUAGCGGACUCACUAUUACGAUCGAUCGUUAGGUUGCAACGCGUGUAGAAACUAUAACGAAAUUCCAUUCGUAGUCUUCCUUAUUUCCGAGUAGGCUCGGAAGACAUUUUUAUCUCGGAUUAGUGACGUAUUCUCUUGUAAGAAGAAGUUUCAAGAAAUAUCGUCCUGGCUGAGAGGCUCGUCUCUUCGGAGACAAACGAUUGUUUUUAUCUCGAGAAGUAAUCGAUCGAGUUGCAUUUUUAUUAUCGUACCGUUUGAAAGAUCAAGAAAAAUGAUUAUUUUUGCAUUCGAUUCAUGAUGAUUCGUGAUGGUUUAUUUUUUUUUUCAUUUAAAAUUUCAAUCAGAGAUAUUUAUGUCAAUAUUCGUAGCUGGAGAUCCAGUUCAAAUUGAUUCGAACUAUUGAUUUGUCGUAGAUUGAAACUGAAAAGUUUUUUCUAGUAUUUUACGUUCGUUAUGAGCAUUCUCGAUGUUUUCUUAUUCAUUGCUUAUCCUUCAUCGAGACACAACGAACCAGGUCAAUUCGACAACUCGCUCCUAGUAACUUCGGAAUGAGUGGGGGAAAAAAAGUAACGCGAGCAAUAAAAACUAAGAUGACGUCCAACGAAAUAAUCGACUUAAUUUGUACUUUGGAACUAAAUCGCAAGUUUCUUGACAUUUACAUGGAUUUAUACGUGCACGAAUUAUUAAAAGUGCCGAUCUUUGCUCAAACAUUUAUUUCUUUUACGAACGACGCUGAUGAAAAACGAAUGAAAAUAGUGAGCUUUUUUGAAAGAAUGAGAGCAAGGGAGAGAGAGAGAUAUGAACGAGGAAAAAGGGCUGUAACUGACAGAAGAAUUUCUUCGUGAUGGGCAUUUUGUAAAUAAGAGCAUAUGAUCAACUCUGCGGGAUCCAGAUUUCUAUUUAAAUAUAUUUCAAAAUGAAAAAUGCUACGAAAGUGUAACGAUUAAGUUAAGGCUGUGAAUAAGUGAGUCGCGAAUUAUUCGAGUGGCACACGAUAAUAAAGAAAAACGAUUCUAUCAAAAAA